UGGGAUUGUUUUCCGUGAUGCACUUCCGUUCUUCAACGGAUGUUACAAAAGGAUAUUGUGCACCCCUCAGAUGCAAAAUCGGACCUAGCAAAAUGUUCUGCAGAGUGGUGGUGGAAAUGUUUAUGUGCAAAUAGUUUGUGUUUUCUGCUUUUUUUGUGUUAAUAUCAAGAGAAGCUCUGGCCUAAGUGUUCUUGCUGUGCCUUACCAGUUGUGGACCAUUAUGGCGCGAAAAAGAGCCUUAACUAUUCCAUUUACUGUUGAGAAGAAUAACUUGGAGGAAAACCCACUCAAAAUCCCCGUGACGUUUCGUUCAUCACAGUAUGGGAAAUUAAAAAGACAGGUUUCCUGGACUGCAAUUGCAGGUUGUAAUAGAGCAAGUAGGUCGCAGCAUAAAAAUGGGUCGCUGCGGUUUGAUCGCAACUACACAGCCAUGGUGAAAAGGCAAAUGGCCAGUAGGACACCCUGUCUGGUCCUGAGGGAUGUCCUGAAGACAGAGGUGGGAAAGACCUACAUAGAAAAGAUGAAAAACAGAAUUAACUCUGAAAAUAGAGGAUGUGUGACAAGUAGACGGAGAGCGAGUGGUCAGUGCAGAAGGGAACCUCUGGUCUGGAGAGAAACGAGGUCCAGUCAAAGGGAGGCCAAAGGUGAUAAAACCAAGAGUGAAACCCCUAAACAGAACCAGAAGGUCACCACCUCACCCGUUCAAAGGUCAAAGCUCAGGAGAAAGUUACUAAACGCUGAUGGUGAUGAUGAAGACAACAAAGAAGAAAAAGAUAUCGAGGAGGUGAUAAUAGGGAAGGACAGCCAAGCAGACUGCAUAUUCACUGAGGUUGUAGAUUGCGGGUUGUCAGUGAGCUGGAAGCCUGCUGAGGUUACGAGAGGCUGUGAUGAGUUGUCCUCAGCCAGCAUCGAGGAUGGGCCCGAUGAUGCAGGAGAAGAAGUGCAGCACAAUUUGACAAGGAAAAGAAAGGAUGGAGAGUCCCAGUGCAAUGGCAUAGGCAGCCCCAAACGCCAGCGGGAGAGCGAGCUUUGCCUCACUGAAGAAGACGGACGAGAUGGAGGGCCAGCCCUUGCACCCGUUUGUCUGGAGCAAAUUGGAGAAGACGGAGAUUCGGAGAACCUGGACCUUAGCAUUUUACAAUUCACUGUGGGAGGAGAUGAUGUAGCAGAAGUUGUGGUCCCAGCUAUCAGCCAGAAUGUGGAGACUGGAGACUUUAUUAGUUCCUCCAGACAAAGUCAUUCAUCUGGCCAGGACAACGCCUUGAGUAAGAGCCCCCCUGAACCAAUUGUGCUGUCCAGUGAUGAUGAGGGGAGCAGUGACGUACCUCAGCACCACAGCCCAGCAGUCCAUACACUGGUCACUGUGGAAGAUGGAAUAAUACACAGACAGCCCUUCCAGGAAGCUGUGGCCAAAUACCCAGAGGCUCCUGAUGUACAGGACAUGCAGGAGCUGCAUGUAGUUUUAGCUGAUUUUGCUUAUUCUGCGGCAUCAACCCCCAGUGACGACUACUGCAUGCUCGUAGCCUUCUCCGCCCUGCACUGUGGAGUUUACCAAGGGAAAGCAAAUGGUGACAUCAGGGUUGGAGACCACAAAAUCAGCAUCCCACUGAAAGAUGUUAGUGAACAGGUGGAGAUGAUAUUGACCUUUGAGCGCAAAGAGCUGAGGAGGUACAGUGUCUGGGAGCAGGAGGAAAUGGAGGCUCAGGAACUUCAAUUAAAGGGUGACGAGGAUCCUUCCCCUGUUGCCGUGCUUGUGUUUUUUGUGUCAGAAACUGCUGCUGCUGCUAUACAGCAGGACCUCUGCAAGCUGCGUGUCAAACAAGAGGAAACCCUGAACACUGGCAAGGCGAGCCCCUUCAUCCUGCUGAGUCUGAAAGAUCGUCUGCAGGGAAUGGAGGGGGCGUUGUUGCGCUCCCUCCUGGACAUUGAAUGUCUCAACAGUCUGACACAUGAUCAGUCACAAAUUGUAGACAAAGUUAGUGACUGGGAAGAAACUCCCAGUCUUACUUUGGAUACCACCGUAGAGCUGAUUAGAAGAACCGGAAUGGACUCUCACCUGCUGUCUCUGCUGGGCCUGCAAACCGCCGAACCUGGACUUAACACAAACCAGGACAGUCCACUCUCUGACACAAACACCUUAACAUGCACCCAGCUGGAGGUUGAGCCAUAUAUAGAGACUGUAGUAGAGCUGGAGACAUUACCUGAGCAAGACAGGGGGACACAGCUGGAUUCAGAGGAGGAGCAGAAACAGCAAGAGCUCAACCAUCCCUCUGAGAAGAGAAAGGAGGAACCCACCCCUAUAUACACACUGUGCCACCGAAGAAGCAAAGGGUCAUACUCUGUGUCCCUGUGUAAACCGGAUUCCACCUGGACUAAGUAUAAACGUCAAGGUCUGGCCCGCAGGUUGAUUCAGUUUCCUCCUCCACCACUAAAAGGAGGAAUAACUGUUACCAUGGAGGACCUGCAGUGCCUUGACAGUGGACACUUCCUCAAUGAUGUAAUCAUUGAUUUUUACCUUAAAUACCUUCUCCAGAACACCUCUGCUGCUGUGGCUGAGCGCUGCCACAUCUUCAGCAGCUUCUUCUACAAGCAGCUGACACGGAGGGACAACGCCAGCGAAGGAGCCACCAGUGACUCCUGUCAGAGGCAGAGGCGGCACCAAAGGGUAAAGACGUGGACACGCCAUGUGGACAUCUUCAACAAGGACUUCCUUUUUGUACCUGUAAAUCAGGAGGCUCAUUGGUAUUUAGUUGUCAUUUGCUUUCCUGGAAUGGAUGAGCCAAAAACUGAGGCCUGGACUGGCACAAGCUCAGUGACAAAGUGGCACAGUGUGACCGGCGAGUUACAGGCUCAAGACGGGUCUAAAAGCCCAGAUGACUCAGACACAGCAGCUACAUUAAACCACAGUGACGACAUGGACACAGAGACAGAAAACAGUCAAGAAGAAACCACCAAAGUGCCACCACCUGGUCCAGUGAACUGCACAGAGCACACCUGCCAGGAAACAGCUGUUUGCAAGAGGCCAUGUAUUCUCAUCAUGGAUUCCCUAAAACUUUCUCUCCACGAGCGAGUCUUCAAACUCUUACGGGAGUACUUACAGUCAGAAUGGGAGGCCCGUCGUGGCUCAUCGAGGGACUUUGGUCCUGAUCAGAUGAAAAGCUCACACUGCCAAGUUCCCCUUCAGGACAACAGCAGCGACUGUGGCCUCUACUUGCUGCAAUAUGUUGAGAGCUUUUUGAAGGACCCUGUUGUGCAUUUUGACCUCCCUCUAAACCUAGAACAAUGGUUCGCACGGCAGCAGGUGCGAAGGAAACGAGAUGAAAUCAGAGAUCUGGUACUUAACCUUUAUCGACGUCAAAACAAACAAUAGACACAGGAACAGCUCAGCUGCUCAGUGCAUCAGACUCCAGUAGCCGUCAUAAAUCACUGCUCAUGCUGAGCAACAGACAUUAUGAACUGCUUGAACCGAAGAUGUUUCCUUUACAUUACGUUUUGUUAUAGUUUGAGUUAACUUGAACAAAACAUGAAAUCUUUGACUGUCUGUUGGUCCUGUGAGUGGAUAGGCAUCAGUUAUUUUAAAAUAAACAACCAGCUGUUUAUUUAGUGAUUUUAGUGGGUGACCAGACUAGUAGACUGUAUAUUUACUAGUAGAUUCUAUUUAGACAUGCAGAUGUUUGUACACCCCAAGACUUUUUGUUGAUUGUCUUUAUGCUGCAGGAUAUUUUAUACAGUUAUUAAUUAGUACUUUUCUAUGUCAAAUCCAAAGAUAUUGCAUAAAAGUGCAACCGUGGUAAAAACCUAGUUUGUACAGCAACUUUGUAAACAGUUUUAGUUUACUUAUACAUGACUAAAGGUUCAGUUAUUGUUUU